AGACAGGCAUAUAAAUGUGAGGAGACGAGGACAGAGAAGUCAACUCUUCUUCAUUGUCUCUGCUUCAUCUUCGGCAGCUUCUCAGCGACAUACGUCAAAAUGUGCACAGUUGAACCCACAACGUGUUUCGGACUGAGCAAACUGGAGAUAGCCAUGGACACGAUGACCGAUAUGUUCUUCAAAUACGCCUCCCACUAUGGUGACCAUUACAAGCUGGACUUUCUGGAGCUGAAGAAACUGAUUCAAACCGAGCUGAGCCAGUAUGUGACAAACAGCUGGAACUCUACCCGUAUCGGGUACAUCAUGGACGAUCUGGACAAGAAUAUGGACGGCAGGGUGAGCUUCGAGGAGUUCUUCUUCUUGAUCUCUCAGAUUAUCAUGUGCCGCAACCCCAGGUUCAAAGAUUAUGCUCCAACUGUUACUGUCUGUGGCCAAUUGAGAGACGGGCGUUUUAAGCUGUGAUCGUCGACCAAUCACAGCUCUGAGCUUCAGCUUCAGAAAUCUUAACUCAAACAUGUCAAUAAAUGACUGA